AUGCGCCCUAUGCCUGUUCCAACUCAGGCAGCAGCUCCCAGCAGCUACAGCAGUGACACCCGUCCCUGGGAUUGCCUGGGAAGCUCAGGUCCAGUGCAAGCCAACCAGCAGGGUGGGGGAUGGCCAGCCUGCCCUCAGUGCCUUUCCAUUCCUGCAGGGGCCCAGGGCAUUGUAAACAACAGCCUGAUCCCCUCACUGGUGUGGAAGCUACAGAGGGAGGAGGAGAAUAUACAGGAGCUCAUUCUGGACACGCUGGCCCCCUGCCUGCAGGAGGAUGCCACUGAAGCACUGAGCAGCCAUGCGGUGCCCUUCCUAAAGCAGAAGCUGCUCAGCACCAACCAGAACAUCCGCAGCAAGGCUGCCCACGCGCUUAUCGCGAUCAGCAUCCCUUUGGAGGGCAAGAACCAGGUGUGGCAGCAUGACGUCAUCCCCAUCCUGGUGCAUCUGCUGAAGGACAAGGAGGAGGAGGUGCAGGCCAACGCUGCCGGAGCGCUGAUGUAUGCCACAGUGACCACUGAAGGGAAGUAUGCAGCGCUGGACGCAGAAGCCAUCCAACCACUCCUGCAGCUGCUGUGCUCGCCCACGAAAAAGGUGCGCCUGAAUGCUACCAAGGCCCUCACUAUGCUGGCUGAGGCCCCCGAGGGCCGCAAGUUACUACAGGCCCACGUGCCAGUCUUCCGUGUCCUUAAGGAGGAGUCCAAUGAGGUUGUACAGCGGGCGGCUCAGAUUGCCAUCCAAGUCAUUGAAUGGAAACCCUGA